AUGUAUUGAAAUCCGGACGCCCAGCCUUCCGCAGUCAGUGUCUCGUCGUCGACGCACAGCGAGAGAAUCAUGAGUGGCCGUGGAAAGGGAGGCAAGGGACUCGGGAAGGGCGGCGCCAAGCGGCACCGCAAAGUCCUCCGCGACAACAUCCAGGGCAUCACCAAGCCCGCCAUCCGCCGCCUGGCUCGCCGCGGCGGAGUCAAGCGCAUCUCCGGCCUGAUCUACGAGGAGACCCGCGGCGUGCUGAAGGUGUUCCUAGAGAACGUGAUCCGUGACGCCGUGACGUACACGGAGCACGCCAAGAGGAAGACGGUGACCGCCAUGGACGUGGUGUACGCCCUGAAGAGGCAGGGCCGAACUCUGUACGGCUUCGGAGGCUAAAUCCGGUCCGGUCCCAACCGAACCCAACAAACAACAACGGCUCUUUUAAGAGCCACCCACACUUCUCAAGACUCAUGCUUCCUCCUCCUCCGACUAACUGUUGGACUCCUGAAACACGCAGAAUGUGGUGAAACUAGAACACCGGGCUGCUCUGCGCUGGUUGCUGACACAUGUUGUUUUCUAAAUGGCUUUUUCUAACGCCCCAGCUUUUCUUUUCUCCUUCCCGGAGCCUUUCCUAGCUUCUCAUGAAAUUCUUGCCAAAUAAACUUUGUGCCGUAAACGUGUUCAAUAAACUCGCCUGACAUCA